UUAAUUUAUGAAGUAAAUAAAUCAACCUCUGAUCACUCUCCUGUCAGCUAUGAUAUUCCACCUCAAAGAAGUGUAAGGGAAGUUGAUGGUAGAGCGUCUCUUGUCGAUGCACUGCAGAGAAGACACCGUGAGAUACUGCUGACAUCAUGAACUGGAACAAAGGUGGACCUGGUACCAAAAGAGGCUUUGGUUUUGGAGGAUUUGCCAUAACCCCUGGAAAGAAAGAAGAACCAAAACUCCCUCAGCAGUCCCAUAGUGCUUUUGGAGCAGCUGGCUCUUCAGCUGCAUUUGGAAAGUCAGCACCACCUCAGCUCCCUUCUUUCUACAAAAUUGGGUCAAAACGAGCCAACUUUGAUGAGGAGAAUGCAUACUUCGAGGAUGAAGAGGAAGAUUCCAGCAAUGUUGAUUUGCCAUACAUUCCUGCAGAGAAUUCACCCACUCGCCAGCAGUUUAAUUCCAAAUCUGCAGACUCUGACAGUGAAGAUGAUCCCUUGGAAGCAUUCAUGGCUGAAGUGGAGGAUCAAGCAGCUCGAGACAUGAAGAGACUUGAAGAAAAAGACAAGGAAAGAAAGAAUUUAAAGGGUAUUCGAGAUGACAUUGAAGAGGAAGAUGACCAAGAAGCUUACUUUCGCUACAUGGCAGAAAACCCUACUGCUGGUGUGGUGCCAGAAGAGGAAGAGGAUAACUUGGAAUAUGAUAGUGAUGGGAAUCCAAUUGCACCGUCCAAAAAAAUAAUUGAUCCUCUACCACCUAUUGAUCAUUCAGAGAUUGAAUACCCUCCAUUUGAGAAGAACUUCUAUGAUGAGCAUGAGGAAAUCAGCAGCCUCACUCCUCAGCAGAUAGUAGAACUACGACAUAAGUUGAAUCUACGGGUCUCUGGUGCUGCUCCACCAAGACCUGCCAGUAGUUUUGCUCAUUUUGGAUUUGAUGAACAGCUUAUGCAUCAGAUUCGGAAAUCAGAGUAUACCCAACCCACUCCUAUACAGUGUCAGGGUGUGCCGGUUGCAUUGAGUGGGAGAGACAUGAUUGGCAUAGCCAAGACGGGCAGUGGGAAAACUGCAGCCUUCAUCUGGCCAAUGUUAAUCCACAUCAUGGAUCAAAAGGAGCUGGAGCCAGGGGAUGGUCCUAUUGCAGUGAUCGUGUGCCCAACCAGAGAGCUUUGCCAACAGAUUCACGCUGAAUGUAAACGCUUUGGUAAAGCUUAUAACCUGCGCUCAGUAGCAGUGUAUGGAGGAGGAAGUAUGUGGGAACAAGCGAAAGCUCUGCAGGAAGGGGCAGAGAUAGUCGUCUGCACACCGGGUCGCUUGAUUGAUCAUGUGAAGAAGAAAGCUACCAAUCUUCAAAGAGUCUCUUAUCUUGUGUUUGAUGAAGCAGACAGAAUGUUUGACAUGGGUUUCGAAUACCAGGUCAGAUCAGUUGCCAGCCAUGUGCGCCCUGAUAGACAAACUCUCUUGUUCAGUGCCACUUUUCGUAAAAAGAUUGAGAAAUUGGCCAGAGAUAUCCUGAUCGACCCGAUUCGAGUGGUGCAGGGGGACAUUGGAGAGGCAAAUGAAGAUGUUACGCAAAUUGUGGAGAUUCUCCCCUCCGGUCCUACCAAGUGGAACUGGCUGACCAGGCACCUGGUGGAGUUCACUUCUUCUGGGAGUGUUCUCCUCUUUGUCACCAAGAAAGCAAAUGCAGAGGAGCUGGCCAACAAUCUUAAGCAGGAGGAUCAUAAUCUAGGGCUGCUUCACGGUGACAUGGACCAGAGCGAAAGGAAUAAAGUCAUUUCAGACUUUAAGAAAAAGGGGAUCCCGAUUCUGGUUGCUACUGAUGUGGCAGCUCGUGGUCUGGAUAUUCCUUCCAUUAAGACUGUGAUCAAUUAUGAUGUGGCCCGGGACAUAGACACCCACACUCACAGAAUUGGACGUACCGGCAGGGCUGGCGAGAAAGGAAUAGCUUACACUUUACUCACUCCCAAGGACAGUAAUUUUGCUGGCGAUCUUGUCAGAAAUCUGGAAGGAGCCAAUCAGCAUGUUUCAAAAGAACUCUUGGACCUUGCAAUGCAGAAUGCCUGGUUCCGGAAAUCCCGUUUCAAAGGAGGGAAAGGCAAGAAGCUGAACAUCGGCGGGGGUGGCUUGGGAUACCGCGAACGCCCUGGCCUGGGUUCUGAUGGCUCCGAUCGUGGGAACAGCAGCAAUGUGAUGAGUAACUACGAGGCAUACAAGCCAUCCACUGGGGCAAUGGGAGACAGACUGACUGCAAUGAAAGCAGCAUUUCAGUCACAAUACAAGAGCCACUUUGUUGCUGCCAGCUUAAACAACCAAAAGACUGGUAGCUCUGCUGCUGGGGCCAGUGGAUGGACCAGCGCUGGGAGCUUGAAUUCAGUACCCACAAAUUCAGCACAGCAGAAUGCUGCAAGUCCUGACAGUCCAAUUGCUGCUGCUGCAGCAGCUGCUGCUGCGGUAAAGGGGAUCCCAGGCUUUACCAGCGCUGGGAACCUAAGCAGUGUACCUGGCUUUCCAAAUGUUGGAAUUCAGGGAUUUAACAGCACUAGUGCUGGCAUCAACAGCAGAGAAGGCGUUGGCGGAAGUGGUGGUGUCGGUGUGGGUGUCGGUGGUGGUGGCGGCGGCGGCAGUGGCAGCAGGGAACGAUUCGUUGACAACCGAAGCAAUCGCCACGUUGACAGUCAGCGCCAUGGGGAUGGUGGUGGUCGUCACAGUGACAGUCAGCGCUAUGGAGACGGUGGUGGGCGCCACAGCGAUGUUUACCGCCGUGGAGGCGGAAAGGGGGGUGCCGGCCGCAAUAAUGGUGACGGCCGCAACGUGGGUGACGGCCGCAAUAAUGGUGACGGCCGCAACGUGGGUGAUGGUAGGAGCAACGAGGGUAGAAACAACGAAAGCAGGAUCAGCGAGAACAGAAAAGACGGCAGCAACCGGGACAAGACAGAUGGUUUUGCUGUUCCUGAGCCACCAAAGCGCAAGAAGAGCCGAUGGGACAGUUAGAAGCUGAGGCAUCACAAUCGGGGAUCUGUGCAGGCGGUGAUAUGUUUUUAAGGAAGAUCUUGGUUUUUGCCAACUGGUUAUUGAGUGGGAAGAGGGGAAGGAGGAAACCAAGCAAAGUCCCCAUGUGAGUCCGUGUCUGUGUAUCAGCACACAGCUUCACUCUAAUGACAUGUAAACACAAUGCUUUUGUCAGAGAGAAAUCAUUUUUAUAAAGCUCCUGGGUUCUGCAUUUAAAAAUUGGUCCAUUCAAGUGACUUUCCUUUCUGCUGGAUUUAAAAACAGAUUUUAUUAGCAGGAAAGUGGCCGUUUGUUCCACACACUGAACAUUAAGAAACUGUCAUCCAGAGAAGUUUAAGGUAGUUUGUUUUCUUUAAUCAAUGUAGAUGUUAAAAGCCAGUCCAUCUAGAGAUGCUCUGGACCCAACUGUUAAGCAUAAUCUUUCAACGAUUUGCGUGAUACCAGCUCUCCGAUCUAUUCCUCCCCCAUAUUCACUUCCAGCCCCCAGCUAAUUUGGCCUCAAAAAUCAUCUUCCUAAUUAAGAAUGUAUUCAUGUGUUGCUAAUGGCCAGGUAUAAAAGGUUUAUUGCAUCAGGAAGCUUAACAUGUUCUUGUCUGGUCAACUUUACCAUAAUUCUGCAAGUAGUGUAGGACAGACUCUCUAGCCAGUUUGUAUCAAAUACACUGAUGCCUUUGCACCUGGUGGCUUUUAUUUUUUAAAGAACCCCUCUUAUGUACCAACAAUCAUUUUGAUGGAAGCCUGAGGAGUGAACAUGUAGCUGUACUGUGCCCGUCUGCUCACUGUUGUGAGAGAGCUAAUUGCUUUCUCAGAGAAAAGGGAAGCCCUUUCGUAUGUGCCAUGUUAAUCAUGGUCCAAUGCCCUUUUACAGACAAGACUAAUAGGCGACUUGCUCUUAAAAUCAGGGACCUGCUGCUGAUAAGCCUUUAGGAAGAACCUAUAGAAGUAAGUAGUGAAGUGGGAUGGCUCAAAAAUGGCCCCAUAUCGGAGAUGUGUAGUCAAAAUGUAAAAUCUCGCUUGACUGAUUUUAACUCUAACUGCUGUUGUGUGUAUUCCCUGGGAUUUUUUUCCUUUUUUUUUUUUUUUCCUUUUUUUUCUUUUUUUUUUUUCCAUAUUGGUAGGAAAAAAAAUUUGCUGAAACAGUUCUAUUCUCAUCUUUCUUGUUUCUACAAAGAAAAGUAUUGGAAACUGUCAAGUUUUUGUGACGUUGUAAAAUUUAUCAGCUGCGCAUUUACUUUCUGCUUGCUCUAGUAAAUGUUUUAUUACUGGGA